UUCUUAUGGCAAUUUUUUCCUCCUCUUUCACAGUGCUGUAGGUAAAACAUGCCUACUCAUCAGUUACACAACCAAUGCAUUUCCUGGAGAAUAUAUACCAACUGUCUUUGACAACUAUUCUGCCAAUGUGAUGGUUGAUGGAAAGCCAGUUAACCUGGGCUUGUGGGAUACUGCUGGACAAGAAGACUAUGACAGGCUACGCCCGUUAUCUUACCCACAAACAGAUGUGUUCUUAAUUUGCUUUUCCCUUGUGAGUCCAGCAUCCUUUGAAAAUGUCCGUGCAAAGUGGUAUCCAGAGGUGCGACACCAUUGCCCCAACACUCCCAUCAUCCUAGUGGGAACCAAACUUGAUCUCCGAGAUGACAAAGACACUAUUGAAAAACUCAAGGAGAAGAAACUGACUCCUAUCACCUAUCCGCAAGGCCUUGCCAUGGCGAAGGAGAUUGGCGCAGUAAAAUACUUAGAAUGCUCAGCACUUACACAGCGGGGCCUCAAGACAGUCUUUGAUGAAGCCAUUCGAGCCGUUCUUUGCCCCCCUCCGGUAAAGAAGAGGAAGAGAAAAUGUCUGCUGCUGUAAUGCUGACUCCCCCACCCCAAACCUUCUGUGCUUUGCUUGGAAUAAUGGAGCGUUCACAUGUUUCUGUUUAAAAAAAUGGUUCUCUUCCAUCAGAUUAUUUUGAACAGCAAUCUUACCUUUUCCUUUGUUUAAAAAGUUAGGUUCUUCUUUCUUCUAAAGAGAUCUUUUUUUUAAAAAAAAAGACAGACUUAUAUAAAAGCCUUAUUUUUUUCCCCCACUCUUUUUGCUCAGCUUAAUCAACUGUUGCCAAACUAUUUGCUCCUUACUCUGUUGGAUUGCUGUGCUUUGUUAUGUGGAGCACCAAGCCUGUUUUUUAAAGUCAGGCAGGUGUCUUUAAAAAUACUAAUGUUUAUUAGGAAUUGCAACACUUUAUAGGAUUUUCCCGGGAAGAAAACACUGCUGUCUAAUGCGCUCGUUCCAUCUGACAGCUUUCACAUCCAUUUUCAUGCUUGAACAAAUGCAAUAAUUGACAACUCCAGAUUCACCCUUCCCUUUUUUUAAAAAAAAACAAAAUCAAACCUACUAAGGUCUGUGAUUAAAGCUAUUUUUUCUUGAAAUGUAUUUGUCUUCCUUCAUAUUGCUUUGUUGGGGGAAAGACAGCUAGAUUGGUCAACGGAAACAACCAGAACAGUAUUUUGACACUCUAAAGAUCAAUUUACACUACAUUGUCAACACACUAGUUUAAAACCGAGUGGAUUUUUUUCUUGUAUGAUAAGACCUACUAAAGGAAGCCCCCUUCUGCAGCUAAUGAAUAGCUGAACAGCAGGUUGGUGUUUUUCUAGAGUGUUUGUCCACAUUUUUCUGGUAGAGCAUUCAGUCUACUGCAAUUUUGAACUGGUCCUCUCUUCACAUGUUCUUGCUGGAUGCUUUUCUUAUAGAAUCUCCUCCUGAGCAAUAUAACUUGUAUUUUAAAGCAUUUCUGAUUUAUAUUAGCCAUUUUUUGGGGGGGUAAGCUAGAGUAGUCAAGCAUAACUUUCGGUCUUUUUCCCCCCCAUCCUAUAUAUACAUGGUUUAAAAGGCUUUCUUUAAUCUUCAAGGUGACUCGGUGUAAAAAUCAUGGGCAGCUGAAAUACGUUUUUUUUUUUUUUUAAUAUUU